CUGUUCAGGUAUGUACGAAACACAACUGCUCGUGCUUUUGCUGUGGUCGCAUCCGCACUCGGUAUACCAGCACUACUUCCUUUCUUGAAAGCUGUAUGUAAAAGCAGAAAGAGUUGGCAAGCGAGACAUACAGGAAUCAAAAUUGUCCAACAAAUGGCUAUUCUUAUGGGUUGUGCAGUGCUCCCACAUCUUAAGGCUCUUGUUGAAAUUGUUGAAGGUGGACUGGAAGACGAACAGCAAAAGGUGCGUACAAUCACAGCUUUAUGUCUUGCCGCUCUUGCCGAAGCUGCUACACCUUAUGGUAUCGAAGCUUUCGACUCCGUGCUGAAACCGCUGUGGAAGGGUAUUCGUAUGCAUCGUGGUAAAGGUCUUGCCGCAUUCCUUAAAGCUAUUGGUUAUCUGAUUCCCCUUAUGGACGCUGAAUAUGCUUCCUACUAUACUAAAGAAGUGAUGCUUAUUCUCAUUAGGGAGUUUGCGUCACCUGAUGAGGAAAUGAAGAAGAUUGUACUCAAAGUCGUGAAACAGUGUUGUGCUACUGAUGGUGUUGAAGCGCCAUACAUUCGUGACGAGAUUCUGCCACAUUUCUUCAAAGCUUUCUGGACGCAACGUAUGGCGAUGGACAGGAGAAAUUACAGGCAACUUGUGGAUACUACGUCGAAUGGCGCAAAAGGUGGAGUGGCAGAAAUGAUUGCAAGAAUUGUAGAUGACCUCAAAGAUGAGAAUGAGCAAUACAGGAAAAUGGUUAUGGAAACUGUGGAAAAUAUUGUUGCACUGCAAGGUGCGAAUGAAAUUGAUUCCCGGCUUGAAGAGCAGUUAAUCGACGGUAUUCUGUAUGCAUUCCAAGAACAAACGCAAGAGGAUGCUGUUAUGCUUGACGGUUUUCGGUACGGUGUGUAA